AUGGAGCAAGCUUUAUUAUCAAUUCACAUCCAUUUUUAUAAUUCUGCAUCUUACACUUUCCAAGAAGAAAAUGGUGAUUAUCAAAAAAUUAAUGUUUGCAUUGGUAAUGUGGUCGGAAUUGCUUCAGUGAAAGUUGAAAGCUUUGCUGACGUUAAAGCAAUACUCAAACUCCCAUGGAAUGAUGGGCAAGAUUAUAUUUUUACAUAUUAUCUGUUUGAAGAUGUUUCAAGCACUAUUAACGAGCUUGAUGAUAGGCCUGAUUUAUUACUAUUACUAGCACAUGAAAAUACUUUUAUUAGCCUUAUAUUAAAUCUGUGGUUUUUUGAACCUUCACUCGAAGAAAAUGAUGAGUUCCUUGCCAUAAAUGAAUUGGAGACAGAUAUUGUAAUGAAGAGAGAAAGGGCUUCUUCUCGAAUUAUAAAACAUUUGGUUUUAUGGGAAGUAGAUAAUAUCGUAUUUACCGAAUGCAGAACAAAAAGGAGAGUAAAUAUCAAUGGAGAAGUAUGUCCAGAAGACAUUUACGAAAAUGUGAAUAGCAAAGAUAGAGCAGCUAGUAGAUGUGGAAGUGUUAUGGGUUGCUGGCAAGCAGUAGUUUAA